CGCUUUAUACAUUUCUGACGUCAGGAGACGCCGAGCGUCCCCGCGGUUUUGCGCUGUCGCGAUACAGCUGACGACAAAACAACGACGACGACGUCGACGAUGAUAACAACGUCGUCGAAACAUGGACGUUAUCAAUAACACACCAAAGUGACUAGAAUUUAAAAGUGUGACGACGACGACGAAGACGAGGCAACAGAAGUGCUAGUAGGCUUUCGAUCCAAAUUGAUUUCUCCUGGUCAAACUUUUCAAGUGACGAAUUCAUUUCAAUAAACAGUUUUGAGACAAAAGAAGAGACAGAGAGCGAGAGAGAAUAUGGGUUCAAUUGUCCUCAAAUCAUUAUCAGUCCUUCUGGGCAUAUUUUUUGUCUUUGUGGGAACGAUGAAACUAACCUCGCAUAUCAGUAAAGAUCUUCACAAGGACCUGAGAAAAGAAUACGUUAAAUAUGCCAAGGUUUUUCCACUGGCAAGUACUUUGGAUUUUAAAGUUCCCAGCAAAUGGUACAGACGAGUUGUUGGAACUUUGGAAAUUAUUUGCGGACUCGCUAUGGCCCUUGUGCCCAGUCAUAAGGUGAAAAAUGCCUCCAAUGGAAUUCUCCUGUUUUUAAUGUUAAUGGCUGUUUAUUCGCAUUAUAUGGUAAACGAUAAAUUUGAAAGGAUUGCUCCAGCGCUGGUAUUCUUUUUCAUGUUGAGUGGACGACUGGUGAUAGAUUGGCAACUAAGACGAGAGGAAUCUCAACCAGUAACGGCGAAUGGAGUAGAUGAUAAAACUAAAAAACAAGACUGAAUAAAAAAGAAGAAGCUUAAAUGAA